CGCCAACAAUUGUCAUUUAUUCUCUCGUAUAUAUUUUUCCUCUUUGGACCGGAGGAAAUUCCAAAAGAAUGGGGUUCCUCUCUUCUUCUUCUUCAUCAUCUUCUUCCUCUGGUGCCUUGAUGUCUUCUUCGAAGAAGCUCUUGAUCUUUGUUUGUAGUCUUGCUAUGGUUUUAGGGCACUACCCCAGAAUCACAGAGUGUCGGGUGCAGAUACCACCGGGAAAGACAUUGCCGGCGAUUAUAAUUUUCGGUGAUUCGAUCAUGGACACCGGCAACAACAACAAUCUUAAGUCAGUUAUCAAAUGCAAUUUCCCUCCUUAUGGUCAAAAUUUCCCUGGAAAAGUUCCAACUGGUAGAUUUGGCAAUGGAAAGGUUCCCUCAGACUUCAUAGCUCAUGAAUUGGGAGUCAAAGAGUUUGUGCCGCCAUAUGCGGAUACUAGUCUAACUCCUGAAGAACUCAGCACCGGAGUCUGCUUUGCUUCAGGUGGCACCGGAUAUGACCCUCAGACACCCGAGUUAGUAUCAGUUAUAUCGCUAUCGGAUCAGUUGAACAGCUUCAAAGAGUAUAUAGGGAAGCUGAAAGCUAAUUUUGGCGAGGAGAGAACAAAUUUCAUCCUCGCCAACAGUCUCUUUCUGGUGGUCGCCGGUAGCGAUGACAUUGCCAACACCUAUUUCACUAUCGGCAUCAGAAAGGCACAAUACGACGUCCCUGCUUACACUGACCUUAUGGUCAACUCCGCCACUAAUUUCCUUCAGGUAGAUCUGUAUGCACUUGGGGCUAGAAGGUUUGGUGUUUUCAGUGCACCACCAAUAGGGUGUGUGCCUUCACAGAGAACUCUAGGUGGAGGAAUUCAAAGACAGUGUGCAGAAGAAUACAACGACGCAGCGAAGCUAUUCAACUCUAAGCUGUCGGCAAACAUGAAGUCCUUAAAUUCAAAGCUGCCCGAUAGUAGAAUGGUUUAUAUCGAUGUUUACACUCCUAUACUUGAUAUCAUUCUAUACCCUACGAAAUACGGGCUUAAAGUGGCGAAUAAAGGUUGCUGCGGCACAGGGGUACUAGAGGUGGCGAUAUUAUGCACCAAAUUGUCUCCGACGUGUGAAAAUCCAGGGGAUCAUGUGUUCUGGGAUAGUUAUCACCCUACUGAACAAGCAUACAGUGUGCUCAUUCCUCCACUUCUCCAGAAGUACGUAAACCACCUAAGUUGGAGAUCGAGAACCAGAUUCAGAAUGGACGCAGCAAGAGCAAUAUUACUGUGUGUUCUUUGUUAUAUUUUGAUGUGCAAUGAAGGUUUAGCCAUGAAGCCAAUGAAGCUUAAGCUACCGGCGAACGUAAGUGUUCCGGCAGUGAUUAUGUUCGGAGAUUCAAUAGUAGAUACGGGCAACAACAACAACAACAUGAAGACAUUUGCUCGCUGCAAUUUCCUCCCCUAUGGCAAAGACUUCGAAGGUGGACUUCCAACCGGACGAUUCUCAAAUGGAAAAGUUCCGGCUGAUCUUUUAGUUGAAGCAUUUGGAAUCAAGGAGCUGUUGCCGCCCUAUAUGGAUGGAUCCCUAGAGCCUAAUGAUCUCCUUACCGGUGUUAACUUAGCUGCAGGAGGUGUAGGUUAUGACCCCUUGACAUCAAAAAUCGCAGCAGUUGAAUCGCUGUCCGAUCAGCUGGAACAGUUCAAAGAGUACAUAGAAAAGCUGAAAGGAAUUGUUGGAGAAAAGAGAACAAACUUCAUAAUAUCAAAUAGUAUGAUCUUUGUGGUAAUAGGAAGCAAUGACAUUUCCAAUACCUAUUUUCUUCUCGGUGCGAGGAAAUUGCAAUUUGAUCUUCCUUCUUACAUCGACUUCAUUCUCAACCAUGCUUCCGAAUUCUUCAAGGAAUUGUAUCGACUUGGGGCACGAAGAAUAGCCGUUUUGGGUGUACCAGCUAUUGGGUGUGUGCCAUCCCAAAGAACAAUAGGAGGAGGCGUCGGAAGAGAUUGCGACGAGAAGCAAAACCAAGCAGCGGAGCUCUUCAACUCCAAACUAUCUGCAGAGAUGAAUCACCUUAGACAUACACUUCCCGACUCUAAGUUCACCUACAUGGACGUCUACAACCCACUACAAGAUAUCAUCAAAAACCCUAACAAAUACGGAUUUGAAGUGGUGAAUAAAGGGUGUUGUGGAACAGGGAUGUUAGAGGUGACCAUUCUUUGUAAUAAAUGGUCACCGAAAACAUGUUCAAACGCGUCGACAUAUGUGUUUUGGGACAGUUAUCAUCCUACGGAAAGAGCAUAUCAGAUCCUUAGCCAUCAAGUACUUCAAAACACAAUUCAUUCUUUCUUCUAA